UGUACCACUCCUAUGCCGGGUGUUUAUAGUGGAGGAAACUAUGCCUAUACUGGGGCAGGGUAUGUGGAAAUUGUCUGUACUCACCACUUAAUUUUGCUGUAACUUCUCUAAAAUAUCUAAAAGUCAGUAUUGUAGCAAAUUUCACUUCUAAAACUUCUCUACAAAUAUAAAGUCUCUUUUAAAAAUAUGCCCUACAGAACUUAGCACAUGAAUGUGCCUAAUCAGUUAUUAUCUAAACUGCCAAAUGUUUGUCUUUUCUACAGUCUAGACAUCACUUCUCUUGUCUAGCUCUCACUACAGUAGAAUGUCUGUCUAGAAUAGAAUAUGAAGAAAAAGAGAAUUGUGACCUAGGCAAGAAUUAUAGAUUCAGAGAUCCACUCGUUCAAAGCAAGAGGAAGAGUUUAUGUUUUCACAUAAUUUGAAUCAGUCUCAACAAUCAUGACACUGAAGAUGCUGACUGCAGCCAUUUGCUCUGCCAAGGCAAUUUUCCAACCUUCCUUUCUUGGCCAUUCUUGGGAGAUUUUUCUUGGCCAGAAGAUCCCCAUGAGGAACUUCUUUUUACAUGGCAACAUUCCUCUAUCCACCAAGUAUGGGGGACGGCACACGGUGACGAUGAUCCCAGGGGAUGGCCUUGGGCCUGAGCUUAUGCUGCACGUCAAGGCUGUGUUCAGACAUGCGUGUGUGCCUGUGGACUUCGAGGAAGUGUGGGUAACUGCUACUGCUUGUGAAGAGGACGUUCACAACGGCAUCAUGGCAGUCCGCCGAAACCGCGUGGCUUUGAAGGGCAACAUUGAAACUGACCACACCCUGCCACCAUCUCACAAGUCCCUCAACAAUGUGUUUCGCACUACCCUAGACCUCUAUGCCAACGUCGUUCACUUUAAGAAUCUGCCAGGUGUGGAGACCCGGCACAAGGACAUAGACAUCUUAGUUGUUCGGGAAAACACAGAGGGCGAAUACAGCAACUUGGAACACGAGAGUGUAAAAGGAGUGAUAGAGAGCCUAAAGAUCAUUACUAAGGCCAAGUCGAUGCGCAUUGCUAAAUAUGCAUUUGAGCUGGCUCAGAAAAUGGGACGCAAAAAAGUGACAGCUGUGCACAAGGCCAACAUCAUGAAAUUGGGAGAUGGUCUCUUUCUCCAGUGCUGUAAGGAGGUGGCCUCCUGUUAUCCAAAGCUCACUUUGGAAGGCAUGAUUGUGGACAACACCACAAUGCAGCUGGUAUCCCGGCCCCAGCAGUUCGAUGUUAUGGUCAUGCCCAAUCUUUACGGCAGCGUUAUCAACAAUGUCUGCACAGGGCUCGUUGGGGGAGCAGGCCUUGUACCGGGAGCCAACUAUGGACACAUGUAUGCAGUGUUUGAGACAGCUUCAAGGCAAUCAGGCAAGAGUUUAUGCAACAAAAAUAUAGCGAACCCUACUGCCAUCCUGCUGGCAAGUUGCAUCAUGCUGGAUUACCUCAAACUCCACUCCUAUGCCACCCUUAUCCGUACUGCCGUCUUGGCAUCUAUGGACAAUAAAAAUACCCAUACCCCAGAUGUCGGAGGCCAGGGCACUACACUGGACAUCAUUCAGAAUAUCAUGAACCAUAUCCAAAAGGUCAAUUAAAUGACCAGUGCCUUGGAGUUUAAGUUAUCCCCCAAAGACCUUCCUGUCCCACUCUUCAUCUUUACUCUCCCCAUUCAGAAAUGACAGACAGCUUGGUGAGUGUAGAUUCUGAAAUAACCUACCCUCCACUCCAAUUUAGAAAAGGGGGAGUGAGUUAUCACCAAUUUUUUUACCACUAAAUUAAAA